AUGCACGAUUUCACCGCCGCCGUCCAGGCGAAGGUAGCGAUGCGGCUGUGGGAGGCACACUCAAAGGUCAACCAGAGGUACAGGCCAUUUUUGGCCCAGUUCCGCGAGGAGCAAGCCAAAAAGAGACCUGUUGAGCGCCGCAAGGCCGAGAAACUCUACCUGGAGUUCAUCAAAUCAAGCAUGCGUUUCUAUCGAGGAUAUAUCCAGAGGCUUGCAUCCAAUUUCAGAGAUGUCCCGGAAGUCAUGGAGAUCGCUCGACGGUUCAAUCUAGACACGCUCUCGGCAGACAAACCUCUGUCUGUGGAUUCGAUCUUGAAGAAGCAGAUCGUUGGCUCAUGCUACUCGACUUUGAUCCGGUUGGGCGAUCUGUCCAGAUACCGAGAGACCGAGCUGCAAACUAAGGAGCGCAAUUGGGGACCGGCGAAAGGGUACUAUGAGCUUGCCUCCGUCCUUGAUCCUGCGUCCGGCAUCUCAAGCAAUCAACUCGCAGUUAUCGCAUUGGCAGACCAAGAUCACCUGAGAGCUGUGUACCACCUCUAUCGCGCCAUUUGUGUCGACAAUCCCGCUCCUCUAGCCCAGGGGAAUUUGAAACUUGAAUUCAAAAAGAUCAAAAAGAGGUCAGCUCAGGGAAUGUCGAUCCUAAGCGAGGAUGCAGUCCCCGAAGGGAGUCGCGAGCUUCAAGAAAGCUUCCUCCUGUUUCACGCCCGCUGCUUCUUGGACGAGUAUGUGGGAUAUGAAGAACAACAGAAUCAGAUCAUUCACCUGCUUGCUGACGAGCUGAGGGAGCGCCCUUACGAUACUGUGGUCAGAAAAUACUGCCUGAUCAACAUCUCAGCUGAGGAUCUGGCAGCAAAAAGAGUGCGAGGUACGUCUUUGUCUCACCAGCCUCAUCGCUGGCUAACAUAUGCAGAUGAUGUGUCGGCAUUCCGUUCAUUUGAAGUCGCACAGCACAUGAACAUUGCGACUUUUUUCAUGUUUUUACAGCUCCUCCUUGACGAGCUUCGGCCCCUUGUCGGAGAUACUGGCAGGACUCCGCACAGCUCAUGGGAUGGCUCCUCCCGGAUCACCCCGGUCACUCGUCGCAUCCUCCCUCACCUCCGAUUAUACAGUGGGUGGCUGCUGAGCACGGUACAGCAACUCCUCGCAAACAAGUCACUCAAGGUUCAGAUUGCGGCGUUAUGGCAGACCUACGCAGAGGCCCUGAGUCUGCUGAACCUCACAUUCCCUGUCAUUCGUGAACUGUCUGAACUCUCUUACCUCUUGGACGAGGAUCAAGACACUCUAGCCUUUUCGGCAUUCUGCGAUUUUGUCAGGCGGACACGCUUCCAAGACAGUGACAAUCGUUCCAAAUCAUUGUAUGACGAAGCAGCUUUUGGGCCGCGGUCCAUGGAAAACGAAUUUCUGUAUCGAGUCAAAUGCUUGGUUAAAGAUGGACUCUAUCUUUGCAAGAAGGAUGUGUUUGGACCGUUGACUAUUCCUCUCACGUUUGCUGGCAAUCGGUUCAUAUUUUAUGACGAGCGAGCAGAGCAUGGCCGACCUCCCGAGGCUCCUCCACGCCAUACGCGAGUCAUGUCCACAGGCAGUGUUGGCCGCGAUGCCCCCCGGGCUUCGAGGCGAACUCGUGGCCACAUGGACCGCCUGCCCGUCGGGCACACAACCAAGUCGGAUGCAGAAGUGACUGAGUCUAUUACCACUACGAUGGAGGACAUGGUGAACCAUAUAGUACAAUGCGAACCCAACGAGCCAGUAGGCACUGCCCCCAGCGUUGGCAACGGCCUGUCGACGGCCACGUUGAGGAGCCCCGUCGCCCAGGCAUUCCUUCAGAGAGGAGAGCGGUCGAUGCCACCGACAGCAAUCCCAGCUGGAGGUUUGGUGCCAAAGUUCCGGCAUUCCUCAAGUACCUUGCCCAACGAGACGGCGUUGACCAGCAUCUGGCCAACUCCUUUCACAGCACGGCCUGGCGAAGUAUUACCAACGUCUGCGUCUGCGUCCCGACCAAGCACUGCUAACAGAGCUGCGGAUCUGCGCACAGCCUCUCAAGACUUGGACGGCUCUGCGCAAUUCCGCGAAAUGUUAUGGCAGAAGACCGAGGAGAUAACGAACCGAACCUCGCCUUUGCAGUCUCUGGGACCAUCUUUUGCGAGCAGCCCGCAAGGUGUGACGCCGGUAAACCCUUGGACCGGUAUUAGUGAUCGACUGCGCCCUGAGGUGUCACCGUUGCGGGCCAAUUUUGGUGCAGGUCUUUCACAAGGCACUGUGAUCUCAACCCCGAGGUCGGAAGCAUCUCCCUUUGGCGCCAUUGGCGACCCACGCCCGCACAGCGGUUGA